GGAAGAUGUAUGCUGAAUGCACCGAGAAAAUGCCGGACGAAUAUGGAAUCCAUCUUCUUCUAUCUUCCUUAUCCUUCACUGGAUGCACAUUUGCCAACAACUCAAACAAACUCGCUACUGCUACUUCUUCUACAGGGAGCAAUUCGGCAGGCAAAAGUAAAUUCCAUGACCAUCUACCUUCAUUCCAUGUGCCCAUAUCCUCAAUCAUAGCAAGUGGCCUCAACGUUGAAUUAUACAGGGAAGGAAAAAGAAUCUUCAAAGGAGUUGGUCCCAACCAUUUUUCAUUCCAAAACUAAUACUAUUCCCUUUACCCAAGACAUUGCUUAUGUUAUGGCUGAACCAACAAUUGUUCAUCUCUCCCCCAACCUUCAUGAGAUCACGCCACCAGAUUGAUUGGCCACUUACUAAAAUUUUCUCAGUGGACAGAAAGUUAGCAGUCAUAGAACCAUACCUAUGGACAAGUAAAUCCGACCACAAGGUAUUUGCUUCACAUAAACCUCUUCAUUUCCAUUUGCUAAGUAAGGCUAGGUAACCAUGUAAUUGAGAUAUCCGAAUUCAUGUAUCAUAUUUUACUCAUUUUUACAUAUUUGUUACCUCAAAAACUUAAAUGAAAUACAAGUACAAAUGUAUCCAUAGGGUAUGGAAUACAUAGGGUAUGGAAUACAAGUACAAAUGUUGUUUAUCCACGCAGAUAUGAGAAUGGGUACGAGUAAUUUUUUAAAUUGCGGGUACGAGGAUUGGUACUCAUACCCUACACAUUGUCAUCUCUAAAUCAAUUAAAACAUUGGGCCUCAAUUUGCCAAACCAAUUUCAAAGUGUGGAUAUCGUUUUAAAUUGGGUUUUUUUUCUUAAUUGGUGCGGCACGGUCUUUUUAUAAAAUAGAUUUGGACAAGUAAAAUUGGAUAUGAUUUGGGAAAAUUGUUUUUUAGGCCCUUAUAUUACUUUCAGGCCCCCCACCUUGACCAUUUUGCCUUGAAACCAGUUCGGAAAUUGUAAUACGAAUUUGUCUAAGUUCGUAUCCUAACUACCGAAAGAACAUGACAUACAGAACAUGCUAUAAUUACAGGAGUAAGGUACGUUCGGAUCCUAAGUUACGAAUUUGUCUAAGUUCGUAUCCUAACUAUGAUUAUUCAACACUACUACUAGUUUUAAAUUAGGAUUUUGAAUCCGGCAAAAAUGUAAGCACCUCUUUGAAACACUCCUUAAUAAAUCUUUUGUGAUAAUCCAAAGAAAAUUGUUCCAAACCCAAGUCUUUCUCGAGCAAUCUAAGAACUGCAUUAACCAACGUGUUCUGUGUUCUUAUGCGUAAAACACCAAACUUUUUGGAUUUCGGAAUAUAGGAUCCAAAGUGUCCUGGUCAAAAAUUUGGGUAUUUUGGUAUUUUUUGGGGGGGGGGGGGGGGUGAGAGCAACUAAGGAGGCCUAAAAAGCAAAUUUGAUGAUUUGGACCCCCAGGCAUAAAAAGCAUUGACAUUUGACACAAAGUGGUGAGAGAGAGAUUGAUUCCCAAAUCAAGCAUUCAAUUCAAUUGAAUUCCAAUAAGAAAGAUGAAAGCAGAGACGGUUACAAUUGUGUUGGUGAACCUAGCUGGGAUAAUGGAAAAAGCAGACGAGUCAUUACUUCCAGGUGUUUACAAAGAAGUUGGCGCUGCUCUACACACUGAUCCAACAGGACUCGGUUCACUCACUCUUUUCCGAUCCAUCGUUCAAUCUUCUUGUUACCCAAUUGCAGCGUACCUUGCCACUCGUCAUAAUCGAGCUCAUGUUAUUGCUCUCGGUGCUUUUCUUUGGGCUGCCGCUACUUUCCUUGUUGCCUUCUCCUCCACUUUCUUUCAGGUAGCAGUUUCGCGCGGAUUAAAUGGGAUUGGUCUUGCACUUGUAACUCCUGCAAUUCAGUCCCUAGUUGCAGACUCAACUGAUGAUAACAAUCGUGGCAUGGCUUUUGGAUGGCUUCAACUAACUGGAAAUCUUGGUUCUGUUGUUGGUGGCCUAUUCUCAGUUAUCAUAGCUCCAAUAACAGUUUUUGGUGUUGCUGGUUGGAGAAUUUCAUUUCAUGUUGUUGGAUUAAUAAGCAUUAUAGUUGGUACUUUAGUUUACAUUUUCGCUAAAGAUCCACAUUUCCAAGAUAAGGGUAAAAUUGCAAAGGAUACCAAUCAUGUUCAAAAAGAAACAUUUUGCUCUGGUGUAAGAGAUUUGAUUCAGGAAGCCAAGUCGGUUUCUAGGAUUUCAACUUUUCAGAUAAUUGUUGCACAGGGUGUCACUGGCUCCUUUCCUUGGUCGGCUUUAUCGUUUGCACCCAUGUGGUUAGAGCUUAUCGGCUUCUCCCAUCAGAAAACUGCUUUCCUCAUAGCUUUGUUUGUGGUUUCUAGUUCUGUUGGGGGUUUGUUUGGAGGUAAGAUGGGGGAUAUCCUUUCCAGGAUUCUUCCAAAUUCUGGGAGGAUAAUCCUAGCACAGAUAAGCUCUGGAUCUGCAAUCCCUCUGGCGGCGAUUCUUUUGUUGGGUUUACCAGAUGAUCCAUCUACAGCAUUGUCACAUGGUUUGAUGCUCAUCAUUUUGGGGCUCUUUAUAUCUUGGAAUGGUCCUGCCACAAAUAAUCCCAUUUUCGCAGAGAUAGUUCCAGAGAGGUCCCGAACAAGUGUAUACGCGUUGGACCGGUCAUUCGAGUCUAUACUAUCAUCAUUUGCUCCUCCUGCAGUUGGGAUUUUGGCGCAACAUGUUUACGGGUAUAAGCCUAUUCCUGAAGGAUCUAGCAUGUCUCAAGAGAUUUUAACAGACAGAGAGAAUGCUGCAUCAUUGGCAAAGUCUCUUUACACAGCAAUAGGAAUUCCAAUGGCUCUAUGCUGUUUAAUCUACUCAUUUAUUUAUAAGACCUAUCCGAGAGACAGGGAACGAGCUAGGAUGGAGGUUUUAAUAGAAUCAGAGAUGCAACAUAUUGAAUCGGAUGGCUUAGUCGUGGAUAAGCCCGAUGAGUUGUCUAUUGGUGAUUAUGAUGGUGAUGAUGUUGAUCUUGACGAUGAAGAGAAUAUAUUGCUGCAGAGGCAGUUGACAUUAUGCAACUUAGGUGAAUAGUUAAUUCAAAAGUUUAUAGAGAAGAGAAAGAAGUUUCAGGUUUUCUCAGUGGUGGAGAAUUUGAGCAAUAUUGGGAAUCAACCGAACAUGAAUAGAAAUAGAACAAUCUUUACACACCUUCAUAGUUUUAUCUUUAACUAAGCUGGAAGAAAUGUUUUUGCUAUAUGCAAUUUAAUUAUUAUGUACACUGUAAUACAUAUAGGAUAGGAUGAUAAUGAAUGUAAAUUUACAUGGUCUGGCUAAUUGUGUGCACUGUAAGUCUGUAAUACAUAUUGGUAUGUUCUGCAAACAAAUAAAUUUAGGUUAGGGGAGAUGCAUGUAAAGCCAAAGAAAACUACAGACUUUGACCAUGAUUUAUUAUAGAAUUUUUGUACAUAAA